GAAGUAAAAUUCAGUGACCCAUAAAAUCUGUUUUGAGUUUCGUUUGUUUAAUGUUUGACAGUAAAUCUUACAAUAUCCAGAGGGCUGCAAUUCAGAUGUAGAUGUAAUAACUCUUAGUCGUUGUAAAAUAUAGUGAUUAGAAUGGCCGCUGCGGCAGGUCCGAUAGAGUUUGAGUUGGAGAAGACUCUUGGAGAAGGGGCUUUUGGGAAAGUAUUUUUAUGUUGUGACAAAACAGAUAAAUCACAAAAGUAUGCUAUGAAAGUAAUUGAUUUGAGUAAGUCUCCUCAAGAAGAGCGAGAAGCUGCUGAAAGAGAGGCCAGAUUGCUGUCUGAUUUUAAACAUGAAAAUAUCAUAGCUUAUAUAGAUUCAUUCCAAGAAAAGGGUGCUUUGUGUAUCGUUACUGAAUUUUGUGACGGUGGAGAUUUGUCAGAAUUUAUUGAAAAACGAGGUGGAAGGCCAUUUAACGAAGAUCAAAUUGUAAAUUGGUUCAGACAGAUUUGUAGUGGCUUGCAGUAUCUUCAUGGUAGAAAUUGUUUACAUAGAGACAUAAAGACACAGAAUGUUUUCUUGACAGGACCAAAGAAAAUUGCAAAGUUAGGCGAUUUAGGAUUAGCAAAAGUCUUAGAAAGACCUAAUGCCAAAGCUGUUACAUUUUGUGGAAGUCCUUAUUAUAUGUCACCAGAAAUAUUUGCUUGUAAACCUUACGAUACAAAGAGUGACAUUUGGGCAAUGGGUGUAGUUAUAUAUGAAAUGUCAACAUUAGAAAGACCAUUUGAUGCUAUGUUGAUGCAACAGCUUGUGUUUAAAAUUGUACAUGGAGAGCUACCUCCAAUGCCAAAAGAUAAAUACAGUGCCCAGUUUUGUAGUCUGUUAGAGAAAAUGAUGUGUAAAGAUUCCAAAACCAGACCCUCUGCUGAUGAUGUUUUAUCUGAUUCCCUGUUUACAACAUUUAAGAAACCAAAGACCCCUCCCGCAGUGCUCCCACAGAAAAGCCAGUUUGCCUCAACCAUGUCCAAAGCAGGAUUUGAAAGCAUCAUAAUGCAAGGAACAGCAAAGAAAAAAGAUGCUUUUGAUAUGAAAGAAUUAGUAGGAACAUUGAAUGACAAACAACAAAAAUAUGCCCGCAGUGUAUGGGCAGCUUCUACUAAAGGGGUAGAGAAUAUCAUGGAGGAGACAAUUACUGAGAAUAAGAAAAAUUAUGAUAAAGAUAAAACAUUAAAAAGUUUGAGUUUUAUGCAGAAAAAGAAACCAGCAAACACAGAUGAUAUAGGUGUAGAUUUUGAGGAUACACUAAAACAGGAUGAAGCACUGAGACCUAUAGAUCCAAGACAUAUGGUGAAUUUAGUCGUACACACCUUGACACAGAUAUUUCCAAAGGGAGAAGAUGGUGAAGUAGACACUAAUCCUAUAGCAUUGAAUGCUGCAGACACCUCUAAAAUGACACCUGAAGAACUACUUUUACAUCAGAUAGCUAUGCUUCAAGCGCACUGUUGUAAAGUAUUAGGAUUUCCCAUGUUUAGGAGAGCCUAUGACCUGUUAGAUGCUACAGAUGACAAUAUGGAAUUAGAGGAAAAGUUGAUAAAACUUUUGACACCAGAGAAGUUUGCUAUGACUGGAGUUCAGUUGUUUUAUUGUAAGAAUUUUGAAUAUAAUUUGGAUAAACUAAAGAGUGGAUCUGGACAGACAGAUGCAUGAUGGGAAAACUAACCUCUCAGGCUGUGAAAUAUGUGUCAAAUAUUAGUCAUUUAUGUAUGAAAGGAAACCUAUUGUAUGAAAUAGCAAGUCUGACCAUGGGAUUGAACAAUGAUAAUAAUGAUGUAUUUCAUGAGAUGCCAUACAUUAUAGGUGAUGCUUGUCCUUGGUAUAUAUGUAGGAUGGAGCUUCACACUUAUUCAACUGGAUAUUUGGAAAUGUUAAUUUAUAUUCUAAAAUAGUUGUUGCACUUUGAAAUUGUACUUCAUUAAGUUAACAUUGGUAGAACAGUGUUAUAUGUACUAGGAGAAUUGAUUUAGGGAAUGUUUUCCUCUAAAGAGAAGUCUUUGGAAUAGUUCUUUGACUAAAGCCCAUGAAUGUAUUAUUCCAAUUUAAUUAUUUAAUUUUUCUUUAUUGUUACUAUGACAUGCUUUACAUAAGCCCUAAGAUGUCAUAGUGGACAAGUGUUUAAGUUUGAGAAUUAAACAGCUCUGUCCAUAUUUCUACUGAUGAGAGGAAUAAGUAAUAUAUAUAUAUAUAUAUAUACCUGUUAAAAACAUGAUUGCAAUUCAUAAGUAACCUUCCUGUCAAAGAAAAGCUAUAUUAUAUUAUUGUAAGUUAACUUCUGUCCCUCAGCUUUGACUUGUGUGAUAUUUUUAUAUUAUAGACAAUAUACUAUUAACAAAGAAAUAUUUGUGACAGCAUUUAAGUAUUUAUUAGUUUGGUUUUAAAUCAGUAUUCUAUUAAUAAUCUAAGUUUUAGUGGGUUUCUAUUUACGUGUUUCUGGGUUAAUUGCAAGAGAAAAUUCAUACACCACAAAAAUGACUACUUAUAUAGUAUGUGACUUUAAAAAAAGUUAAAGCUCUUAGCUAAAGAUAUAGAUGUGAUUUUAAUUUAGUAGAGAAAUUUUAUAACUGUGUGGUAUUGUAAUUUUUUUAAGAUAAAUUAAAAUUUUAGUUAGUGAGUAAUUAUAUAUAAAUCAUUAGUAAAAGAAUGAAAAAAAAACCUAUGAAUCCUUAAAAAUAUACAAAUGUAGGAGAUGAUAUACUGGAUUCAAUGCAUAAUACUUUUCUCAUUUAAUGAGUACAUUGUUAUGUCAAUCUUAUAAUGGAAAUUUUUUUUUCUUUAAAUAACUGCAUAAUGUGAAUAACAGCCAUCCAUUGUUUUCUGCCAUCCCAUGAUGAUAAUCAGAUAAUUAAAUGGAAACACCUUUAAAUUAUAUUACACGUAUAUUAGUAAACAUUGUGCUACUGUAAACACUAAUUCUGAAAAUGUAACUAGUUCUAAAUUAGAUAUUGGAACAAAUUGACAUCUGACUCAUUGAUUUUGUGUGUUUACUGGAAUUAAUCAAAUAAGAUUACACUUUUUCCAUGUGUUGUCACUUAGUUUUGAUGCAACUCUUUUGACAUCGUCUAGUGUUGUAAGAUGUCAGACAAGUAAAACUACAGAAUGUAUAACAGGUGAAAUAUCAGGUUUUAUUUGAAUCAUAGUAUUGCACUUCAAGCAAUGUAAAAGAAUAAUAUAAUAAAAUGGAAUUAUAGAAAUAUAUAAGGAGGAGGUUGAGAGAAAGUUAAACCUGUGAACUCAGACAAUGUUUUAUAUUUAAGUGGUAGCUUUUUCUUAGAUAGAAUGAAAGGAAUAUUUACAUGUCACUGGAUGCCGUAUUUAAUCAGAUGGUAUAUUGUAGUUAUGAUAGUAUAACCAUAUGAUGUACUAUUUUAAUUUCAACAGGCUCCUGUUUAGUGCUAACAGAGAAUUUAUACCACAUAUUUACCUUCAUUUCAGAUGUAUAGUUUUUAUAUAAUAUCACAUAGUUAAUGUAUGAUCUUGCACCAAGAUGCAGAUAGUGGAAAAAAAUGGGCGCAUUGCAUUUGGGCCAAUUUUUGCAAAAUCCAAUCUUUCAUUUGUGGCACAAGGUUAUAUUUCAUUUGCGCCAAAAAGUAAAAACUAUAUUUGCACCAUUUUGCAGGUAACAUAUACCGGAAAAGUUUGAAUAGUCAUUGAUAUAUCGUGAAUCACAACAACUCAGAAUCAAAAUUCGAAAAAGCAUCUGGUGACAUUUCUAAAGGACCAUCAAAUGUAAUACGCAGAGAACUACAAGAAAAUUCUCUUGCCAAAUACGAUACACUAUUGCUUUUACAAUAUAUUUCUGAUGAAUAUGUGUUAUUAUGCAAACAAAAACUGUGUUUUAAAGUAAUUAUUAAAAGUCUCUUUUCAAUAAAUCUAUUUUUUUAUAUUAUUUAUCUGUAUUUACCAGUUGUAUAGGCGCAAAUGAAAUGUUUUAUUUUUGGCGCAAUGAAAUAUGGUUUGUGGUGCAAAUGAAAGAUUUUUUUGGCGCAAAUGAAAUGCCAAUUGGCGCAAAAGCAAAACACCAGAAAAAAAUACUAACAAUAAUUGGUUUUGAUUUUAGUGUUUUGUCUAUAUGAUUACGUUGUUUCAUCGUUUAAACGAAAAAAAGGUUGUUGACAGUCAAUUGAUUACUGUCAUGAGAAAAGGUUUAAAGUACAAUGAUAUAAUAAACAAAUCCAGUAUCUGUAAAUAAUGCUAGAAUACACAUAACAAUUCUAACAAAUCAAAAUAAUACAAUAUAGAUUUGGAAAUAGUAUAAUUAGGUGUAUAUUGUUGAAAGCAUGUAAUUUUCAAAGGUAUUUCAGUAUGAAUGAUUUGUAUAUUGCUGUAUUAAUGCUUAAGGUGGUUGAGAAUACUUUAAAUUUGGUGGUUGCUCAAAUGGUCAGCACUGAUUUUUACUAAUGAAGUGAACUUAAAUAUGAAAAUGCAGAUAAUUUAUUUGUAUGAUAAUCUCUUAAAGUGUUGUCAUAGUUUUUAGCAUAUACAGAAAUUUUCUUAUGAUUUCUAAAAAAAAAAAAAAAAAAAAGAUAUGUUUAAGGGGAAGUAACUCCAAUGAUAUAUUGUUAUAACAGAUUUUACUCUAUUUUUGCCUAUUCUGUCAUGUUGAAAGAAAACAAGCACUGUGACUAUUUUUUUUAAUUUUAAUUUCAUGAAGUAUUCAGUGAAGCUACCUCUUCAUAUAUAUCAUUUCAAAAUUAUCUUUGGUUUUCUUUCUUUCACUUAAUUGUGACUUCCCUAUAUAAACUUAAAAACUAAGUGAAAUUAACACAUCCUGUAGGUUAAAAUUGAUUUACUAUAUUUCAUUAAUUUCCUAGUAAUUUUAGCAUAAAGCCCUGAAUUACCUUGGCACCAAUCUAUUUGCCAAUUCCCCAAAUUUACCUUGCAAUUAGACAUCCAUUUUUUAGAUGCCUUGGUUAGAAGUGAAAGAAAUUUUCAGUGACAAUGGAGAGCUAGAGGAAAGAGCAAAUGUAUCUGUUCCUAAUGUGUGUUAAACCUUUAAGUUUUUCAAAUCUUUUAAUUGCAUUCAUUUUUUGUUAAACUUAAAACUUUUGAUACCAGUAUUUAUUUUUCACUAAGAAUUGGUUAAAAUAUCUAUAUAUCACUUCCAACUUAUCAUGCUUCGUGAAGGCAGAAGCCAAUGUUGUCUGGUAUAGAACCAGUCUAGGAUUGACAAAGGGAAGCAACUAUUGUAGUGAUAACAAAUUAAAAUGGGCAAUGGGCAAAUGGACUAUUCAUCAAUAUGUGAUUGAAUAUGUGAAGAGAAAAGUGAACCAUGGAUGUUCCAGCCACAUCUGUUAGCCAUUUGAUUUCUCUAUUAAGAGUGAUUAUGAGUUUGAACCAUGCAAAUAAUAAGUAAUAGUGUAAAUUAUUGUACUUUAUUAUUUUAUGUAAGGCAAGCUUUUAUCUUAAUGCUUUUAUUUUUAUUUAAAGGUUACAAAACUUGAAGGUGAAUGUUUUCUUAUGGUACGUUUAAUUGUUUAAACAGUUAUUAGCAUUUUUUAUCCAUUAGUAUUUAGCAGUAUAUUAAUGAGGUUCAGCCAUAUUUGAAUUAGGUCUUACCAAUUUUACUUUAGUAAAUGGUAUCUUAUUUGUUUGAUAAUUUAUACCUCAUAGUGUAUUUAAUACUGAGGAAGUGCUAGUGUACAUAGGAUGUUAUAUCUGUGAUAAUUGUGAAAAAAAGGAAUUAUUUUAUAUAAAAUGCUUAUUGACUAAUGAUGUUUCCUUGUCUUAUGUUAAGUAUGAUUGUGCAUACUAUAUCUUUAAUUUGUUCUUAAAUAAAUAGAUUUUUCGUA